CCGGCUCGGGGCUCUUUGUGAGCGCGGCGGGCAGCGCUGGCGGCGGCACCAUGAGCGGCUCGGGCGGGGCGGCAGCGGCGUCCGUCGGCUCCGCGCAGGCGGCGCAGGAGGAGGGCAUGACGUGGUGGUACCGCUGGCUGUGUCGCCUUUCGGGGGUGCUGGGGGCCGUCUCUUGUGCCAUCUCUGGCCUCUUCAACUGCAUCACCAUCCACCCUCUGAACAUCGCGGCCGGCGUGUGGAUGAUUCUGAACGCCUUCAUCCUGCUGCUCUGUGAGGCGCCCUUCUGCUGCCAGUUUGUCGAGUUCGCGAACACGGUGUCGGAGAAGGUGGACCGGCUGCGCUCCUGGCAGAAGGCUGUCUUCUAUUGCGGGAUGGCCGUUGUUCCCAUCGUCAUCAGCCUGACCCUGACCACGCUGCUGGGCAACGCCAUCGCCUUUGCCACGGGAGUGCUGUACGGACUCUCUGCUCUGGGCAAAAAGGGCGAUGCAAUCUCCUAUGCCAGGAUCCAGCAGCAGAAGCAGCAGGCGGAUGAGGAGAAGCUCACUGACACCCUGGAGGGGGAGCUGUGAUGUGGCCCAGGGUGACCCUCCCCUCCCUGCUCGCCCCUCUGGUUCUGUGUGAGCAUGUGCCAGAGGGAUGAGGCCUGGAACGUUGACCCUGAAGGACAGCCUGGAAGAGGAGCCUUUGCCUGGCUCCCAUCAGCCCCUCUGCCCCUGUCCUUGUCCCUGGAGUCCUCCUGUCUGCCCCUCUCCAGAUGGGUGUCUCCUAGGUCUGAGCCAGGUGCUCAGGGGCUGGGGUGAGGGGCUGAGGGCCUUGGCCUUGGCCAGCAGCAAGGAGGUCGGCAUGGUGGCAUGGUGGCAGGCAGUGUGAGCCUUGCAGAUGACCCAGGCCACAGGACUCGAGGCAGAGCAGAGCCUGCAGUAGCUCUGCCCAGACUGCCCACCUGGCCCCGUCCCUCCCAGCCGGCCUGGCUCGGUGGGAAAUGGGCUGCUGGGAGGAUUUCCAGACCUGCACAGCUGGCAGAUGCACUGGGGACCAGCUGAAGGCCUGGGAGGAGCUUCCCCUGGAGAUGUUGGUUCUGUCUGCAAGAGGGAGGCACGUCACCUGGGCUGGGCAUCAGCCCGACUGAGCCUCCUCUUUGCUCUCCAGGCAGGAGAGUGUCCUGUAGGCUGAGCCACCAGGGCCUGCCUUUGUCCACCUGUCAUCAGGGCAGAGCAGUGUCAUGCUGCCCGUGGCUUCCCACCACUGCCCAGGGCCCGCCCUGUCACUCUCUUCUCUGUGAGAGCCCACAGCUCUCCUAAGACGUUCCUCGAGUAUCCAGAACAGCAGCCUUGACAGCAACCGGACAGCGGGUGGGUACUGCCCCCUCCCCCAGUUCCCUGGAACCUUGGACAAGCCAUUCCAGGACAUUUCCCAUGGGCCUGGCCUCCACCUCCCCAGGCCCUGGUGCUAAGGAAGUGGGGAGGGCAGGCUUACCCCUGCCCUGUGGGGUUGCCCAUCCACUUCUCUGGUGUGGUCCUGCUGUGUCAGUGGCAGUCCAAGCCCGGUUAGUAAAGAAUGAGCUUGACCCACCUCCGGUAUUCUUGCCGGCCUCUGCCCUGCCCUGCCCUGCCCUGCCCUUGGGGAGUUUCCUGCCUUUUGAGAGCUGGGUAGAGGCUAGAGCCACCUUCCUUACCAUGAGCUGUCCCCACUGCCCUGGGUGCCAGGCCACCAAGGAGCCAGGCCUGUGUGGAAGCAGCCCUGCCUGGGACGUGCACCAUCGCCUCCCCCAGCCUCCCUCCAUGCCACCAUCCCUUCCUUCCACCCCGUCCACCUCCUUCCUCCUCAGCGCACUGGCCGCUGCCGGCUGGCACUCAGCAGUUUAGGCCUGUCCCAUGGGACCUGGUGGAGCCUGGGCGGCACUGGGCAGAAGUGGGCUGGUGUGGAAAAUGCUCUGUCUGGGACCCAACCCCCACUCCUCCUCCUCCCAGGACCCCAGGCUGGGCCUGCUCCGAGCUCCCAGAGUGCAGGGGCCAGUCUUGCUGCGUGGAACCUGCCCCAGGGCUGCGCCCAGGUCUUUGCCUCCCAGAGGGACCUUUUGUCUCUGGGGUUUGUGAGUGUUUGGGGCUGGGAGCGGCAGGUACUGUCCUCGGGACACAUUGGUGGGCUCCUGGGCAGCAGCAGCCCUCCAGGGAGCCUAACCAGGCCGAGCCCCAGGUGGCAGGUUGCUGCACUGCAGCCAGCAUAUGGGACACGUGCCUUCAGGGGUCCUCUGGGGCCAUCUUCCUCAGGCCACUGCUUGGUUCAAAGGGCUGUGGGCUCUGUGCCGCUCCAGGCCGGCGGGGUACGUGCAUGUGUUUGCGUGCGUGUGCGUGUGCGUGUGCUGUGAAUAAGACCUGUCUACCUCCCAGGAGGAGCAAGGGCCUGCCCUCCCCUCUUGGCUCAUUCUUAUCUAGGAAGUUGGACUUGGGGUUGCUUCUGCGCAGCCCUCCGGCCCCUGCCUCGGGCCUCGCUGACGGGCUUUGCUCACUGCAGGAGGAGGGCUGGCUGUGUGUCGAGGAAGGUUGCACCUCCACACUGAGGAAAUGGGCUGGGUGUUGGGCGGGCUGUAGAGUUGGACACAGAUGGAAGGGCCCUCCACUCCCUCCAUCACAGGCCAGAGUGGGCAGGUCACUCGCCCAGCUUCCCAGUGAGUAUAGUCAAGCAGUCCUGAGCUGGGACCCAGUCUCCCACUGGGGGGUCCCGGCUUGCAAGGAACAUCUGUCCAGGUGGCGGAAGGGGCUGAGCCAGCCGGGCUGCCAGGGCCCACUCCUACCUCCGUGGGUCUGGACUCGGUCCUCUGGUCCCCAUUCUCGGGAUUGAGCGUGUGCUUUGAGCAAUAAAGGCUGGUGGUAGUCUGCUCACUCGC